CUCACAACUGUCGGCUGCGCCCGGAAAACAAGCCGGUGCGCUGGGGACCUGGGGCUGGGGCCGCCUCGCUCUGGCCUAGCCCCGCGGCCCUCCGUGCGGCCCCGGGGUAUGCUCGGGACCCCCCGCGGCUCCAGUACAGACGCCCGGGCCUCAGACGGUGUGCGAACGCAGCCCCCCCGCCCCCAGGUCUCUGCCCCCGCGCGGGGCCCGGGCAGUGCGGCUGGAGGGAGCGGCCGGAUGGAGCGGAGGAUGAAAGGCGGAUACUUGGACCAGCAAGUGCCCUACACCUUCUGCAGCAAAUCGCCCGGAAAUGGGAGCUUGCGCGAAGCGCUAAUGGUCCCGCAGGGGAAGCUCAUGGACCCGGGCUCCCUGCCGCCCCCCGACUCCGAAGAUCUCUUCCAGGAUCUAAGUCACUUCCAGGAGACGUGGCUGGCUGAAGCUCAGGUACCAGACAGCGAUGAGCAGUUUGUUCCCGAUUUCCAUUCAGAAAACUUAGCUUUCCACAGCCCCACCACCAGGAUCAAGAAGGAGCCCCAGAGUCCCCGCACCGACCCGGCCCUGUCCUGUAGCAGGAAGCUGCCCCUCCCCCACCACCAUGGCGAGCAGUGCCUUUAUUCCAGUGCCUAUGACCCCUCUAGACAAAUCGCCAUCAAGUCCCCAGCCCCUGGUGCCCCCGGACAGUCGCCCUUGCAGCCCUUUCCCCGGGCAGAACAACGGAGUUUCCUGAGAUCCUCUGGCACCUCCCAGCCCCACCCUGGCCAUGGGUACCUCAGGGAGCAUGGCUCCCUCUUCCAGCAGCCCCUGGAUGUCUGCCACUCCUUCACACCCUCUCAGGGAGGGGGCCGGGAGCCCCUCCCAGCCCCCUACCAACACCAGCUGUCGGAGCCUUGCCCCCCCUACCCCCAGCAGAGCUUCAAGCAGGAAUACCUUGACCCCCUGUACGAACAGGCCGGCCAGCCGGCAGUGGGUCAGGGUGGAGUCAACGGGCACAGGUACCCAGGGGCAGGGGUGGUGAUCAAACAGGAGCAGACAGACUUCUCCUAUGAUUCAGAUGUCCCUGGAUAUGCUUCAAUGUACCUCCACACAGAGGCUUUCUCCGGGCCCCCUCCCGGUGAGGGGACCAUGGGCUAUGGCUGUGAGAAACCCCUGCGACCGUUCCCAGAUGAUGUCUGCAUCGUCCCCGAGAAAUUUGAAGGUGACAUCAAGCAGGAAGGGGUGGGAGCCUUCCGAGAGGGACCACCCUACCAGCGUCGGGGUGCCUUGCAGCUGUGGCAGUUUCUGGUGGCCCUGCUGGAUGACCCGACAAAUGCCCACUUCAUUGCCUGGACUGGCCGGGGGAUGGAGUUCAAACUAAUUGAGCCUGAGGAGGUCGCCAGGCUCUGGGGCAUCCAGAAGAACCGGCCAGCUAUGAACUAUGACAAACUGAGCCGCUCACUCCGGUACUACUAUGAGAAAGGCAUCAUGCAGAAGGUGGCCGGCGAGCGUUACGUGUACAAGUUUGUGUGCGAGCCCGAGGCCCUCUUCUCUCUGGCCUUCCCGGACAAUCAGCGUCCAGCUCUCAAGGCCGAGUUUGACCGGCCGGUCAGUGAGGAGGACACAGUCCCUUUGUCCCACCUGGACGAGAGCCCCGCCUACCUCCCAGAGCUGGCUGGGCCCGCCCAGCCCUUUGGCCCCAAGGGUGGCUACUCUUACUAGCCCCCAGCAGCUGCUCCCCUGCGGCCAGCAGGUGCUGCCCUGUGUGUAUAUAGAGAUGAAUCUGGUGUCAGGGAAACCCCCACUCUGAAACCCACAGAUGUCUUUGGAGCAGAUCCCCUCUGCCCAUCAGUCACCCCGGCCCAGCCUCUGAGCUGCUCCCCAGGGUCGACAGGAAGGCAAAGUGGAGACACUUACGGGUGUGAAGGUGGCGUCGCGGAAGCUCUUCCAGGGGCUCCACUUCCGGCCUCUUCCUAGGUCCUGCCUAGAGGCCAAGCCCAGCUCUCUCUCGCCCAUCACAGAGAACAAGUGUUUGUUCUGUUCUGGGGGACAGAGGAGCUUCCCCCACUUCACCCUGGUGUAGAAGGGGGCACGGGGCUCCCCAGAUCCCUUGUGGUGGGGAGAGAGCAGCCUGCAUCCUGCACUCCGCUCCAGGCUGUGGCCCUGGAGGGGUCCUGCUCGGCAGUUCUUGGUGCUCUGUGUUCCCAGAGGCAGGGGGAGGCCAAAGUGAGGAACCUGGGGUGGGGGAGAGGUUGCUGGGUGGAGGCAGGGAGGGCUGGGCUCUGCCCGGGGGCCCGCUGCCUCUCCUCUGCCUUUCCUAGGCCAGGCCUGGGAUUCCACCCCCACCUCCACUACACCUGCCAGACCUAAUAAAGGCCCCUGCUUCUCCUGUUA